AUGUCUGAUACAGAUGUCACUGAUUGUGAAGAAAAUCUUAAAAAUUUAUCACCAUCGAUUCUAACUCAAAAUGCUGCCAAUGAAUGGACAGGCGUCAUAGAACAAAGAAAUGUACAAAAUCCGCAAUCUUCAAAUCAUAUUACAAAGCUAGUUGAUUAUAGUUCUUUAGAAUCCUAUAUGGACGACUUGCAAGAACAACUUCAUAUGCAAACUUUUCUAGACAUAAAUUUUAGAUAUUCUUCACCUGUUCCAACUACGUCGGGAACUAGUAAUAUACAGCCUCGUCCAAGGUUGAAUUCUAUUACAUCUGAUAGUUCUGAAGAAGAAGAAAUUACUACUUUUUUAAAGAAUUUUCAAUAUCCCUCAAAACUUAUUGUUAUUUACACUUCGUCUUCCGAUUCAAACGAAAGAAAAUUUAAACCCAAAAUUCACAGAACUUGUACCAAUCUCUGA